GUACAUUCCCUGGAACUACCACGAGGAGUCUCCAGGCCGGUACGCUUUUAGUGGAGAUAGAGAUCUGGAGUAUUUCCUUCAGCUGGCCCAAGACAUUGGUUUAAUGGUCAUCCUUCGUCCUGGACCGUACAUAUGUGCAGAGUGGGACAUGGGUGGGCUGCCUGCCUGGCUUCUCAACAAGAAAGACAUUGUGCUGCGGUCUUCAGAUCCAGAUUACAUUGCAGCAGUAGAUAAGUGGAUGGGGAAGUUGCUGCCAAUGAUAAAGCCCCAUCUCUACCAGAACGGUGGUCCUAUCAUCACUGUUCAGGUGGAGAAUGAAUAUGGCAGUUAUUUCGCCUGUGACUACAACUACCUGCGUCACCUGACCAAGCUGUUCCAGUCUCACCUGGGCAACGAAGUGGUGCUCUUCACCACAGAUGGAGCUGGGCUCGGCUACCUCAAAUGUGGCUCAAUUCAAGGUCUCUAUGCCACUGUUGACUUUGGGCCAGGUGGAAAUGUAACCGCUGCAUUUGAUGCACAGAGAUACGCUGAACCUCAUGGACCUCUGGUGAACUCUGAAUUUUAUACCGGCUGGCUGGACCACUGGGGGUCACCUCAUGCCGUGGUGUCAUCUGCCAUUGUGGCCAAGUCCCUCAACGAGAUGCUGGCCAUGGGAGCAAAUGUCAAUAUGUACAUGUUCAUAGGAGGAACAAACUUUGGAUACUGGAAUGGUGCCAACGCACCAUACGGCCCGCAGCCAACAAGCUACGACUACGACGCCCCGCUCACAGAAGCAGGCGACCUCACGGAGAAGUACUUUGCUAUUCGAGAGGUGAUAAAAAUGUACCACAAGAUACCAGAGGGACCAAUACCACCAACAACUCCGAAGUAUGCAUAUGGGACUGUUGUGAUGAAAAAGCUCCAAACGGUAGCAGAUGCCUUAGAAACUCUGUCUUUCUCCGGCCCUGUCAAAAGCAUGUAUCCUCAGACUUUCAUUGAUCUCAACCAGGCCUUUGGUUAUGUGCUGUACAGGACCACUCUUCCUGUUAACUGCAGCACACCGACUCCACUGUCAUCUCCACUGAACGGUGUCCAUGAUAGAGCGUAUGUCUCAGUGGACGGGGUGGCUGUGGGGAUUCUUGAGAGAAACAAAGCCAUAACUGUGAACGUGACUGGGAAAGCUGGCAGUCAGGUGGACAUACUGGUGGAGAAUAUGGGCCGAAUCAACUACGGAAAAGACAUCAAUGACUUUAAGGGCCUGGUGACCAACCUGACUCUGGGGAAAGAUACGCUCACCGGCUGGACCUCGUACAGCCUCAGUAUCGAUGAAGCGGUCAGUCAGGGCCUCCUGGGUACAACGAAACCCACAGACCCCCCUCAGCCUGCUGUUUCCUCCCUUCCAGCCUUCUACCAGGGAAGCUUCAUCAUUCCUGACGGCAUCCCAGACCUGCCGCAGGACACCUACAUCAAGCUGCCCAAAUGGAGGAAGGGACAAGUUUGGAUUAACGGCUUCAAUUUGGGACGUUACUGGCCAACUCGAGGCCCUCAGGUGACCCUUUUUGUUCCUGCAAACAUCCUCAGCACAGCUGCACCAAACAAUGUGACUGUGCUGGAGCUGGAAGCGGCUCCCUGCAGCUCAGGGCUUUGUAGUGUGGAGUUUACUGACACCCCCAUCCUGAACGCAACAGUCCAGUCUGAGAGCAAACAGCACAGGAGACCCUUCACUAAAGACAGUUUGUUGUGAUGAUAAGGGAACUCACUGCUUCACACAUACAAAAAAAAAUCUAUUUGCACUCUUAUUUGCUGAUGUACAAAGUCAAUCAGCACGUUUUGUGAGCUCGAUGAAUGUUUGAUUUUAAAAAGCUGCAAUAUGUGAAAGAUGGUUAAUUUGGGACAUGACAUUAGUGAUUAAAUGUGUCCUUAUGAGCACUGAAGAAAUGUGUUUGUAGCCAAAUAUUGAAUUUGACAUCAUACCAACUGUGGGCAUCUCUACCUCAGUGAUUCUAUGUAACAUUUUUAUUUACAGCCUUUUUCUCACUUCACAAAGGGAUUAUUGUUAAAUGAAGCACUGCCAAGAUAUGACAGCAGCCUCUUUUUCAGAGAAUAUUUUAUUUUUUAUGUGAAUGACACAUCAGGGAAGUAGCAUAGGUAUCAUCAUACAACUAGAGACACAUUGUUGGAAUACUGAUGUGCAGCUUAUAUUAAUUUCAUAAUUUGCAUAGAAUCAGAACCUGUCUGAUUUAACUCAUGUAAAGCAUUUGCCUUUUAAAGCAAAAAAUAAAAAACUAUUUAAAAAUA